GAACACAUAAAGGAUCUUGUUUCUUGUUUACCCCUUCCCAUGUGAUGUGAACGAACAAUCAAUCUUUCUCACUCUCUCUCUUUCUCUCUAUUGGGGUUUGAGGUAUUAUAUAAACAAAACAGUCCAAGACACCUCUUUUCACACACUAAUCUCUCUCACCAGGAAAGAAGAAAACAGAGUAUCUAAAUCUCAGAUCGAAGAAACACAGAGAAUGGGUUUCUUUUCCCGAGAAAACCCUUCUCUCUUCUUCUUCUUCUUCUUCUUCUUACUCUGUCUAUCCACAGUCUGUGCUUACACCAACACAAGCAGCAACAAUGGCGUGGAAGCAGAAAAAAGAGAGCUUGCUUCUGGGAGAUGUAAUUGGUUUAGAGGGAAUUGGGUUUAUGAUGCAAAGUACCCACUUUACGAUCCUUAUAAAUGUCCCUUCAUAGAUCCACAGUUCAACUGCAAGAAGUAUGGUCGUCCCGACAAUCUUUACCUUAAGUAUCGAUGGCAACCAUCAUCUUGCUCUCUUCGCAGAUUCAAUGGGUUGUAUUUCUUGAGGAAGAUGAGAGGGAAGAAGAUAAUGUUCGUUGGAGAUUCACUAAGCACAAACAUGUGGGAAUCUCUAGCUUGUCUGAUUCACGCUUGGGUUCCAAACACUCGUUACACUCUUCUUCGCCAAAAGGGUCUAGCUUCACUCACCUUCGAGGAAUACGGAGUGACGUUGUUACUAUACAGAACACAGUUCUUAGUGGAUUUAGAUUCGGAGAGAGUAGGGAGAGUGCUUAAGCUGGAUUCCAUUAAGCAAGGCAAAAUGUGGAGAGGCAUGGACGUCUUGAUUUUCAACAGCUGGCAUUGGUGGACCCACACCGAGCACAUCCAGCCGUGGGAUUAUAUGGAAGAUGGGCAUAGAUUGUAUAAAGACAUGAACAGGCUGGUCGCUUUCUACAAAGGAAUGACCACUUGGGCUCGAUGGGUCAACGCUUACGUCGAUCCUUCUAAGACCAAAGUCUUCUUCAAUGGCGUUUCUCCUACUCAUUACGAGGGAAAGGAUUGGGGAGAGCCAAUGAAGUCAUGUAAGAGUCAGACGCAGCCUUUCUACGGGAGGAAGUAUCCAGGAGGGACACCAAUGGCUUGGGUAAUUUUGAACAAAGUGAUGAGUAGAUUGAGGAAACCGGUCCAUUGGCUCGACAUAACCGGUCUCUCUCAGCUUCGUAAAGAUGCUCAUCCUUCUGCUUUCAGUGGUAACCAUCCCGGUAAUGACUGUAGCCAUUGGUGUCUUCCCGGUUUGCCUGAUACUUGGAACGUACUCUUUUACUCUACUCUUUUCUCUUAAAAUCUCUUUUUUUUUUCAUCAAUGUAUAAGUUACUCAAGAACAGUCUAUUGUCUUCAGUUAACUUUGCAUUGUGGUCGCUUGAUUCUUGACUGAAAUAACGUUUUUAAUACCAAAAUGACUGAAAAAUAGGCUCACGAAUACAAUACACAAUUGUGGCUGU